AUACCCUUGCUCACACACCCAACCAUCAAAACAAAACGCUAAAGAUUCCAACAUUGUUAUUGUUUUCGGGUCAAAAUCACAAUGAGCGAAGAGGUAGUUAACAGUACCACCGUAACCAAUUUCAUUGACGACAAAGAUGGCUUUGACAAAUUUGUCCAGGAAUGUUUCGACAUGGUGGACGAAAAUGGCGACGACAUGCUUUCCCUUGAGGAAGUACGUGGUGGAUUCCGAAAGCUUUUGCCAUUCGGUUCGGAGUCACAACCAAUGAAGCCAAUGGAUGAGGGCAUGUUGAAGUUAAUAUUCGAGAGGUUCGACCAGGAUAAAAACGGAAAACUCGAUAUAACGGAGUUUAAGUCAUUGAUGACGGAGAUCAUGAACGCCGUUGCCCGUGGGAUUGAUGGAUUUCCAAUCAUUGUCAAUCUUGAGAAAGAUAGCAUGCUGAUGAACGCAAUUCAACAUGAAUUGGUCACACAAUCAUCAUCUAAGUAAACAUAUAUACGUUUUUCUUGUCAUUUUAUUUUUUUAUUUUGAUGUACAUUAUUAUCAUUUUAUUUAACUUUUCGGUCGUAAAAGAAGUUGAUUUGUCUUCUUUUUUUUGGCUGUCUUCUUAAAAAUUAAUUUUGAUUCCUGGAGAAAAGCAAUUACACGGUGGAUCAAAAGGAUCUCAAGAAGAAGAAGUGGUAUUCUUUCGGAAGCAAAGAUUAGUUGAUAGAGGAA